GUGUGUGAGUGUCAGGUGUGUGGCUUCUAUACUAGGGCUCCUCACAGCUCUCUCUCUCUCACACACCCUCACUUCUCCCUUCACCACCAUGCCUCACGCUUCGAGCCUCCUCAUCUUCCUCUCUUGUGUGUGCUGGGGGCCCACCAGGGUCCUCACACAACUCUCUCCUGAGGUACAGCAGCUCGCUGACGACUUCUUCAACUGGAGACUAGCAGACAAACCCGAAUUUGCUUCCUUAGUAGGUGUGCACGACUACGACGACCAGCUGGACGACAUGUCUCUGGCAGCCUACCAGAACCGGUACGACCAGUGCCAAGUGUUCCUCGACCAGGCUGAGGCUCUGGAGGCCAACCUGACCCUCAAUGAAGACCUAGUCAACAUCCGAGCCUUGAAGGACGAACUAGUCACCUAUAUUGACGGAUACCCCUUUCAAGGGUUUUUGGUACCAUUAUGUAGCAUCGAAGGAGUUCAUAUUGACUUGGAGACCCUUAUCUCGUGGAUGGUGUUUGAGACGCCUGAGGACUACGAGAAGCUGUUGUCUCGCUACGAGAAGCUGCCUCAACAGCUGAAGCAGAUUCAGGCGCUCAUGGAGGAAGGAGUCGCUACAGGCAUCGUUAAUCACGCUAUUUCCAUGGAAGGUGUGGUAGAGGGCCUUCAGAGGUUCGUGGUGGAGGUGGCGGAGGAGUCACCACUGUGGUCUCCACUCUCCACCUUCCCCGACAACAUCACCCAGGACCAGAUCAGUGACUUCCAGAACCGCGCCAGGACCAUUAUCGUCGACCAGGUCUCUCCAGCGUUCCAGCAGCUGAGCGACUAUGUAAAUAACGACUAUGUCACUCGUCCAGACAUAGGAGUCACCAGCCUGCCCAAUGGCGAGGCUUUUUACUCACAAUUGAUCAGGUUCCACACAACCACAAGCAUGACAGCGGCCGAGAUCUACCAGUUGGGACUUGACGAAGUCACUCGCAUCGAGGCCCUGAUGGCCGAGAUCGUGGCAGAGCUUGGGUACAACAUGACGGUGGCAGAGUUCUCAGAAAUGAUCAGGAACGACCCCGAGUUUUUCUACGACAACCCUGACGACCUGAUGAACGACUUUGAUGAUCUCGUACACAAUGUCAUCACACCUAAACUUCCGGAGGUUUUCAUGAACAUCCCCAAAGCGGAACUGAUAGUGCAAGCUGAUCCUUCACCUAGUGGAGCCGGAGCCUACUACUUGAGCGGGUCCUACGACGGCUCUCGUCCUGGUAAAUUCUACGUGAACACGUACUACUACGAUGCUCAGGCAAAAUACGAGAUGUUGACCCUCUCCAUGCACGAGGGCAACCCGGGCCACCACCUACAGGGUUCACACAGCAUUGAGAGCCCCGACAUCCCCUACUUCAGGAGAGUGACUGAGGACCGCGACUACUGGCAAGCGCCCUCAAGGUUCCCUCUAUACACGGGUUUCAUCGAAGGUUGGGGCCUGUAUGCUGAGACUCUCGGCUUUAAUUUGGACCUCUACGGAGAUCCUUACGACAGAUACGGCCACUACUCAGACGAGAUCUUCAGGGCGUGUCGGCUGGUAGUGGACACGGGGAUGCAUACCUUCGGCUGGACACGGCAGGAAGCCGUCGACUACAUGCUCCUCCACACAGCCCUCGCUCAAGCCGACAUUGAGAAUGAGAUUGACCGCUACAUCAGCUGGCCAGGCCAGGCACUAGCAUACAAGGUCGGGGAACGCAAGCUGACGGAACUCAGGGAGAAAGCUGCCUCCCAGCUUGGCGACGUCUUCGAUAUUAAGAAGUUCCACGACGUUGUCCUGGACUCGGUGGGACCUCUGGCCCUGGUGGAGGAGGAGGUCGACGCCUGGAUCGAAGCUGGAGGCGUAUGAUUAGGAUUUGACGAAGAACUGCCCGUAACGCUUUGCGUAAUAGUGGCUUUAGGCAUUGUAUGUACUAGAUCUAUCAAUAAAUUCAUCAGUGUUUUGUAUCUCA